CAAAUUCUAGCUUAGCCCCAUGCGUCUACUAGCUGUGGUGCGGCGGGCGCAGGAGCAAUCUCUGGCGAUCCGCGCUGCCUAUAUAUCCUGGAUACCGCAGCAGCAGCAGCAAGUUCGAUGGGCAAGGGCGGGCUUCCCGCGCGGCCGUCCUCGGCCUCCCAAAGCUGGCGUCGUAGUUGGAGAGGGGAAGUCAGACUGGUGGGUAGUCGACGGCGAGAUGCACGAGAUCGGUGAUCACGUUCCCCACCGAGAGCGCUUUGUUAUUCCUAGAGAUAAUAUUCCCAAUCGCCGCCGCAAGCAGAUGCGCGAGCAGUUCAUGCGCCGCACACGCCUCGUCCUCAAAGAGUCGGAGCACGAACCUUGGUGUAAAAGGUACAUGGAACUAUAUAAUGAGCUUAGAGAGAAUUGGGAAAGACUGUACUGGGACGAAGGUUACUCAAAAAAGGUAGCUGAGGAUCAUGCCAAUUAUGAAUCUUCUGAAGAUGAAGAUUCAGACUUUUCACCUUAUAGGAGGCGGCGACCUUUUGCAGAAAUGAAUAAGGAUCAGAGUUUUGGUGGACCUAGAUCUUCUGAUACAUGGGAGAAUGUCAGACAAAUUCGUGACAAAUUUGAAUAUGACAGAGAGAGAAGAAUGAGGGAGAAAGCAUUUGCUCCCAUGAAUGCGGCAGACAAUUUCAAUCAUCAAGGCUCAGCUCCCAGAAACCAACCUUUGGAUGCUCGCAAAUAUUUCCCUUAAAAUUGAAGGGAUUGAGUAGUUCUGCUGUUCGCUUGAGGUUUUUCUUUGUUACUUGUCAAUCCCUGCUCACAACGGUAUAGUUAUAGCUGAUAUAAUAAACUGAUUUAUAAUCUUUCAAUUUAGUAAUCUGGUGCUUAAAUUUUUUAAGGCCAUCAGUCGGAUCCUUUUUGAAAUUUGUGUUUCUGUUUUUAUUGAAAUGAGUUGGGAUUCGGCAUCUUUUUUGUAAAGGUUAUUGGUUAUAGAAUUGUUACAGAAAAUUUGUUUUAAAAGCUAAUGUAAAAAAACUAUUUAUUAUCCUAAA